AUGUUGCUGCAGUAUGUGUCCUCAUUCCAGCUCUUUUUCGCCCUCCUGGGCCCCACCAUCGCCGCCGAUGGCACACAUCCUCCCGUGUCUGGUCUCAGCUGGACUGGCGAGGUAGCUGGCCACGGGAGGGUGACCCUCUACGGCGACGCAUCAUCCGUCGAGGAGCAGAUCUUUGCGCUGAACCCGUCCCUGGCCACGGACUACGCCCCGACAAGCCCAUUCAUGACCAACAAUCGGCCGAGCUACGAGGCCUCCGAGGUGUUUGACGCGGGAAACUCGACAUAUUACUACAAGUACCCAGACAGGGUGGCCGCCCGCAACGACAUCCAUGGAUCAUUGAAGCUCUCCGACUUCUUCGGACCUAUGCACUGGGACUGUUCUACUUUUGCCACUGGCGAUGCGAACGAGCUUCAAGAAGUCGUGUCUAGGGUGGGCGCCCCCGGCGGCCAGGACGCCGAGCACGCCAUGUGGUCCAUCGCCGGCCUCCCCGGCGGGACCAACUGCGAGCGCCUCGCAUGCGCCGGGACCAGAGACAGCCCAGGAAGCACUGCCGUCUACUGGUGCAACGACACGGGCGAGAUGGUCACGACAGAGGCCUCGAACCUGGCUGCCGUGGCCGCCUCCAUCGCCAGUGGCCACCGGGCUUUCAACUUUGCGGGCUGCUGUCUCCAGAGCCAGAUGGGCGGGGAACACCACCAGGUCUCGGGCCAGAUGCACCUAGGCAACGAUACGAACAUCAACAUCGGCUACGGAGAAUGCUCCGUGCCUGCGUACUUUUCACGCCCCAACGAGUACGGCUACCCUGGGGACCUGGGAUCCUGUUCGUAA